AUGGUUGUGCACGCCAACAAAGCCAAGCCAAUCCCCGCCCACCUUGUUUACAAGCCUUUACCGCAUGCGAGCGAGUACCUGCGUAUUCUCAGCCUGCACGCUGGCAACGCGUGGGAGCCUAUCCGGUGUAGCCUGCGUCCAGUCAGCUUCUACGAGAAGCCGCAUUAUGACGCUCUGUCAUAUACCUGGGGCGACCCCAACGCCACCAAGCUGAUCGAAGUCGAUGGCGUCGCGGUUGAAGUUACAUCCAACCUCGAACAGGCGCUCCGCCAUAUGCGCGACCCGGAGAACGAAAUUCCGCUCAAGUGGCCCUCAUGGGCAAGAUAUAUUCCGGAUGCGCCCAAGUACGGAUUUGGCUAG